CUUGAUAUUCAUAUCCGGUUAAACCAUGUUCUCCAAAAUUCUCGCUUUGAGCGCCGUACUGGCCGUAACUGCGGCGGGGCUCUUGCCCCAGCCACACUAUUCUUCAGCUGCCGCUGUCUCCUCCCAGAGCAUUGUGCGUCACGACCAACCACAAGCCAUCCACGCUGCUCCCGUCGCCAUCCACGCUGCUCCCCUGGCCUACCAAGCCGCUCCCAUCGCCACCUACGCUGCCCCCGCCCGUAUCUCUGCCGGUCAUGCCGUGUCCUCUCAGACCAUCCUGCGUCACGAGCAGCCGCGUGCUGCAUACGGCAUCGCCCCCCUAGCAUACGCCGCCGCGCCCGCUCACUACGCCGCGCCCAUCAUCAGCCACGCCGCGCCAGCGCAUUAUUCCUCAGCCGCAGCUGUGUCCUCCCAGAGCAUUGUGCGUCACGACCAGCCGCAAGCCAUCCACGCCGCUCCCGUCGCGAUCCACGCCGCUCCCCUCGCCUACCAAGCCGCUCCCAUCGCCACCUACGCUGCCCCCGCCCGUAUCUCUGCCGGACAUGCCGUGUCCUCUCAGACCAUCCUGCGUCACGAACAGCCACGUGCUGCAUACGGCAUCGCUCCCCUAGCAUACGCCGCCGCGCCAGCGCACUACGCCGCUCCCCUCAUCAGCCACGCCGCCCCCGCCGCUAGGCUCAUCGCCGCGCAUCAAGAUGAAUACGCUCAUCCCAGAUACGACUUCUCGUACUCUGUGGCCGAUGGACACACCGGCGACAACAAGUCCCAGCAGGAGAGUCGCGACGGCGACGCCGUACACGGCCAGUACUCCCUGUUGGAGGCCGACGGCUCCGUGCGCACCGUGCAGUACAGCGCUGACGACCACAGCGGCUUCAACGCGGUUGUGACAAACUCUGCGCCGGCGCACCACCCUGCCCCAGCCUACAGCAUCGUGCGCCACGACCAGCCUCAGGCCAUCCACGCCGCUCCCGUCGCCAUCCACGCCGCUCCCCUCGCCUACCAAGCCGCUCCCAUCGCCACCUAUGCCGCCCCAGCCCGUAUCUCUGCCGGUCAUGCCGUGUCCUCUCAGACCAUCCUUCGUCGUGAGCAGCCGCGUGCUGCAUACGGUAUCGCUCCUCUAGCAUACGCCGCCGCGCCCGCUCACUACGCCGCGCCCGUCAUCAGCCACGCCGCGCCAGUCAUCAGCCACGCUGCCGUCGCCCCUAGACUCAUCGCUGCGCACCAAGACGAAUACGCUCACCCCAGAUACGACUUCUCGUACUCCGUGGCCGACGGACACACCGGCGACAACAAGUCCCAGCAGGAGAGCCGCGACGGUGACACCGUGCACGGACAGUACUCCUUGUUGGAGGCUGACGGCUCCGUGCGCACCGUGCAGUACACCGCUGACGACCACAGCGGCUUCAACGCGGUAGUCACCAACUCCGCUCCUGCGCAUCACGCCGCUCCCGCACACGCAAUCCUCGCCCAUCAUUAAAUAUUGUCAAUAACCUUAUCUAGAAUUUAGUGAUAAUUAAAUUAU